AUGCUUGUCACAAGGCAGUACGAAACAGAGCAUAGCCGUUGGCCAUUCAGCAGAUACGAAGCAUCUCUCACUUCUACAAGCCCUCGCAUGUCUAAUCCUUUCGAUGUCAAUGUCGAGCUGCCGGCCCCUUCGAGCUGGCAAGCGCACAAUCCGACUACUUCUCAUAGUGGCAGUGGACCUGCGCAGCAACAUCUGUCACGGAACGAAGCCUCAAGACUUUCCCUAAUGCGCCACCCGGCAGAAAAUAGAGGCAAUGCUCUGGGAAUUCACAUGAGACCCGGGGCGACUCAGAUGUACUCACCCCAUCUCCAGACGAUAGACCGAGGUAGGAUGUCGUUGCCCGGGCCCAGAGAUUCGGUCCUUCAAAAUGAUAGCUACGGGAUGAAACCCAGUACCGCAGAUAUGGAGGACAUGAUACACUCAGGGCUGAUCGGCACCCCAAAAACAGCCACUAACAGUACUUUCGUGCCACCAAGUCGCCAAACAAAUGACCUCUCGUCCGCUCAAUCCAGUCAAGGAGCAAGAAUCGACUCGCCACAGGAUGAAGAGGAAGACGACCUCGAUGAUGACGAUAUGCUUGACGGGGAUGGAGAGCUACCAGCCCAGACUCCAGCAGAAAGGGCGGCUGCUCGACGCAAGAUGAAGCGAUUCAGACUCACCCAUCAGCAAACACGGUUCCUCAUGAGUGAGUUUGCAAAACAGCCUCACCCAGAUGCGGCACACCGUGAGCGGCUCUCACGGGAGAUUCCUGGCCUCAGUUCGCGCCAGGUCCAAGUUUGGUUCCAGAACAGACGUGCCAAAAUCAAGCGUCUUAAUGCUGAUGAUCGCGAUCGUAUGAUAAAGAUGAGAGCAGUCCCUGAGGGAUUCGACAAUGUCCAGGCCCUUCAUUCCCCCUACGGGGCAGUCCACGGCAUGAAUGCUCCUGUGCCAUCACCAGGACAUUUCAAUACACAAUCGUAUGCCCAACACAUGAUGAGACCCUUGAUCGUCGACGGACGGAGGCAUGAUACAAGCGAACAUGCUUCUCCGACCGCCAUGACCCCGGGAUUUGGUGGGAUGGGUUACAGUCCCGCCGGCAGUCUGACAAGCUCAGGUCUUGCAUCGCCGCUUUCACCAGCUCCGAGUGACCGAUAUUCCUAUGGCGGCCACUUCACAGCCCCGCUAACAGGCAGCCCGAGAACAUCGCACCCAUUUGCCCAAAACCAUGGGCUUGGGACUCCUGUUGAAAUCCAUCGAUCGAGCCCCCAGCCCAUCCCGCCUCCUCUGCUUCGCGACCCCCUCUGCAGGGACAGAUCGGAAUCCUCACAGUCGCCAUUGCGACCCAAUAUGCUAUGGAAAGGCGAUGCAGUUGACUAUUCCUACAGGGGGACUAACACAAGCCCGAACCUCUCAGACAGACACCCAUCUAUCUACCACCCUGCGCCACUCAGCAACCCCUCUGUUGCCAUGAGCGGCUACGAUGCAAACUCAGUUCCCGGCUCCAGGGCCCCUCCCGAGAACCAAAUCCACAGAACAGAAAUCUGA